AUGGGUACGGAGGACAAGGAUACCCCCUUCCUGGAGGGCCAAAUCCAUUUCCUAGUUCGCAAGGACAAGUUUCUGGUAGAUUUGGCAUAUCUGGGCAAGGAUAUGGCGGACUUGGUGCUGGAUAUGGGACCGGCAUCAGCGGGGGAGGUGGGCGAAUUGACAUGCCACAGGUACCCCCCGGCCUUCCGAGCCAUACGUGACUCAGAGCCACUUUUCGUCGGUUGUGUGUCUCGUUGGGAACAGCAAGGAACCAUCAGGCCGCAUCGCAACUUCAACGCUGUUGAGGACGCAAAUGCACUGAGGAAGGCCAUGAAAGGAUUUGGAACGGACGAGAAGGCGAUCAUCGCAAUCCUGUGCAAGCGAUCAAGCGACCAAAGAAUGCAGAUCGUAGCGAUGUACAAGCAAUGCCACGGUCGGGACCUCAUCAAAGACAUCAGGUCGGAGCUCCGCGGCCGCUUCGAAGACGUCAUGGUGGGGCUGCUGUACCCGAUGCACGAGUACCUGGCACGCGAACUGCGCAGGGCCAUCGCGGGCCUGGGCACCGACGAGGACUGCCUCGUCGAGAUCCUCUGCACGCGCUCCAACAGCGACAUCAACGCCAUCAAGCAGGUCUACCAGCAGAUCUUCAACAAGGACUUGGAAAGAGACAUCAUCGGAGACACGUCUGGUCAUUUUAGGAGGGUCCUGGUAUCCAUGUGUAAUGGAGCUCGCGAAGAAGGGUUGGUUCCGGAUCCGUUUCGCGCAAGGAACGACGCUCACUUGCUGCACCAGGCCGGUGCGGCGCGCUGGGGCACGGACGAGUCCACCUUCAAUCGGAUCCUGGCCUCCCAGAGCUACGAGCAGCUGAAGCUGGUGUUCAGGGAGUACCACGCGCUCACCAACCACACCAUCAUGGAGGCCAUCAACUCUGAGAUGAGCGGAGACCUCAGGGCAGCCUUCCUCGCCAUCGUUAAAUCAGUCGUCAACAUUCAGUACUACUUCGCCGAGAAGCUAUACAAAGCAAUGAAGGGGAUGGGAACCAGCGACAAGGCCUUGGUUAGAAUCAUCGUCUCGAGGUGCGAGAUUGACCUGGUCCAAAUCAAAGAGGAAUACCAGAGAAACUUCAACGUUCCGCUGGAGAACGCCAUUCAGUCCGACACAUCCGGGGACUACAGGCAGGCUCUGCUAGCGCUGGUACACGGAAACUGA